AUUAAUGGACGAGGUGGUUGAAGAAAUUGGAGAGGAGAAUGUUGUCCAAGUAGUGACUGAUAAUGAAGCUGCAAUGAAGGUAGGAGGAAAAUUAUUAAUGCAGAAGAGGCCCAAUCUCUAUUGGAUAGCAUGUGCAGCUCAUUGCAUAGACCUUAUUCUUGAAGAUAUUGGUAAGAAAAGUAACGUGAAGAAGGUCUUAGAAGAUGCAAGAACAAUAACCUCAUUUAUUUACAACCACACAUGGACAGUGAAUUUCAUGAAGAAAUUCACAAAUAAUAGAGAGUUACUUCGCCCUGCCAUCACUCGAUUUGUCACAAAUUUCAUUGCUUUGGAGACUAUUGUUAGGCAUAAACAAGCACUAAGGGAAAUGUUUACAUCUGAUGCUUGGAAAAAUUCAAGGUUUGGAAUGGCAAAAUCAGGCCCAGCAUAUGAUUCAAAGAAAAUUAUCUUAAGCAAAAAGUUUUGACAAAAGGCCUCUGAUAUAAUUAAAGUACAAGAACCCUUGGUGAAAGUUCUUAAAUUGGUUGAUGGUGAUGAAAAACCAACCAUGGGCUUCAUAUACGAGGCAAUUGAUAGGGCGAAGUUAGCCAUUCAAAAAGAUUGCCGGUUUUACAAAGACUAUUGGAAAAUUAUUGACAACCGGUGGAGUUUUCAGUUGCACCAAGAUUUGCACGCUACUGGGUAUUUUUUGAACCCACAAUUUCUUUAUGGUGCCCCACCCUCUCCAGAAGUUGCUAGAGAAGUCAUGGAUGGAGUUAAAAAAGUAAUAACCAAGUUGGUACCCGAUAUAGAGACUCAAAUUCGGGCUAUUAAUCAAUUGUUGCUAUAUCGAGAUAGGCAGGAAACUUUUGGAACCCCGUUGGCUCAAAGGGCAGUGAAACAAACAAAUCCUGCUGAAUGGUGGAUUCAUUAUGGCUUGUGUGCUCCUGAGCUCCAAAGAAUAGCAAUUAGAGUUCUUAGUCAGAUCACAUCAGCUUCAAACUGUGAGCGUAAUUGGAGCACCUUUAGCCUCAUCCAUACGAAAACAAGAAAUAGAUUAAAGUACAUGAGACUACAAAAACUUGUUUUCGUACAUUACAACAUGAGGUUAAAGUUAAGACGUACAAUGAGAAGAAGAGAACGAGAAAUUGAAGAGGGUUUCAAUCCUAUCAAUUUGGACUACAUUUUCGAAGAAGAUGAUCCUUUAAGUCAAUGGUUAGAGGAGAGAGAGACACCACUACUCGACGGUCAUGGCAAUUCAAAUUGGUUAAAUGAAGAAGUUGGUGGUACUACAGAAGGAGGUGAUCAACUACCAAUAAACGCACAUGAUGAUUCAAGUUCAAGCCCUGAACGUAUACAAAGUGAUGACAAUCUUGGUUUGAGCCCACCAAGUGAUGAUGAUGGUAAUAGUGGUGCUGGAGCUGGGGUUAGGGGGGGGGGUGGCAGUGGUGGUGGUGGAGGCGGCGGUGUAGAAUAUAAUUAUGGAUAUGAUACAGGGACAUCAUUUGCAAGGGAUAUAUAUCCUUCUGAUCCUUAUGAAGUACAUGACAUACUUGAAAAUUAUGACUUGGGUAUUCCUCCAGGGAACCAAUCUUCACAACCCAGGAGAAGGAGUGCUCGUGGUGACCCUAGUGAUUCUACUGAAGAUUCAUAUGGUUUGGUUCGUAGUUUUGGCGACUUUGGUUUAGAUGGUUCAUUAUCACAAUCAUAUGGAUCUCAUCCAACAUAUCCACAUUAUGCAUCUCGUGACUCACAUUUUUAUCCCAGUGGAUUAGGAAUCUCAGGAUCUAGUGAGUCUUCUUUUACACAGUACCCAGAGCCAGCCCCUGCCCCAACUUAUAGACAUUAUUCAGGAGAAUUUUCAUCACUAGUACAUUUUCAAGAGCAACAACAAAAUGACGCAAACUUGGGUUCAUUCAACUAUGUAUUUCCACAAGGAUGGGGAGAUAAUUUCCCAUCCCAAUCUCAAGAUACAGAUGCAAAUUAUGAAGACCCUCCACGUCAUUCUUUUUGGUGGUGACAUGUGUUAUGUUAUAAAUUUGUAAUAUUGUAUUCAUGUAUUUUCAACUAUUUAUUGAUAUUUGAUAUUAAUCACUUUUUAAAU